CGUGUCUCCCUUGCUUCAAAAUACGUCCAGAAGGCAGAACAGACCCCAAACACGCGAAGAGCAGCGGCGAAACCAGCGAAAAUCGGUGAAAGCAGCGGGCUAAUCCCAUAUUUAGCUCUCCCAUUCCAAUUUGAAGUGUUGUUAGGAUGUCCCGAUAUGGACCAGAAGAUCCUUCUGUUUUGCAUUAUCAGCACAGUCAUAUAUCGCGCAAGGCGUGGGCAGGCCAGGAAACAACCUCUUUCAAUAUUCGGCGCUUUGAAGGACAUUUCUGGGAAAUCGAUAAUCAUCACAGACGCGUGAUUGAUUAUGUCUGUAGAUUUGGUUUAGGUGGAGUACUUUUCUGUGGUAAGGCUCUGGAUGUAGAUCAUGCGUUGAUCACAGCUUUGGUUGAGCGCUGGAGGCCAGAGACACAUACAUUCCAUCUUCCCGUAGGGGAAACUACCAUUACAUUACAAGACGUACAAGUAUUAUGGGCAUUACGUGUUGAUGGAGUACCCUUCACCGGAAAUGGGUUUUGUGAAUCUGGGUGGAGGGGUUUAUGUGAAGAGCUCUUGGGCUUCUAUCCCCUUCAAAGCGAGAUGAAGGAAAACGGUAUCUUGGCAUCCGCGCUAAUACAUAGGAUGGCGAUUGAACCGUUAGGAGAUGGUCUCGAAGACGAAGCCUACAUUCAACGGGCACGUAUGAUUGUGCUUGUGCUAUUGGGAGGGUUGAUCUUACCCGACGGCUCAGGGUGUAAGAUACCUCUCAUGUGGUUGACCCAACUUCGAGAUGUAGAGGCUGCCUCUAUGAUUAGUUGGGCGAGUGCUGCACUUGCUACAUUAUACCAUAAUCUGUGUGAGGCGUCUAUGGGCAAAAUGUCAGACAUUGGAGGUCCGACGGUGCUCCUACAGCUUUGGGUGUGGGAGAGAAUGCCCACUUUGAGACCGGAUUUUGUAGCGGCACGUAUACAUACAAACAACACUCCAUGUGCCUUAAUGUGGACUGGCUCCUAUAUGAUAAACAGAGCCCCCAAACAUUCGGUUCGACAUUAUCGUGAACAGUUGUCAUUACUCCAAAAUAACCAGUUUAUUUGGAUGCCCUACGUGGACCGUCAAUUGCCAGACUCCUGCCUCGAUAUGAACAACAGUUGGAGAUCUGUGACGUACAUUGUGUGUUGGGCUAUUGUAGAAGCACAUGAACCUGAACGCGUGGUUAGACAAUUUGGAGGCACGCCGUUUAUCCCGGAAUUGCGUGAUUGGGGUUUCAAUGAAACUCACUUCAAAACCAAUCGGCGUGGAAAGGCUAAGACGAACUGGGCUGUGCAGAACAAGGCCUACAUCCAAUAUUGGGAGAGAAGGUCUGAGUUCGUUACUAACGCUUACAUGGAGCCUCUUGCAGACCACAUGCAGGUGAUGAGGACUCGACAAUACAUGGAGUGGUAUUUUAAAAUUACCAUUACAUAUAUCACGCAGCCGGGUAGGCUUCCAGAAGUAGGGAUGAACACUGUUGCAUCAGCAUCUACAGUCCAGGUAAGUAUUGCGGAGACAUUGGCACGUAUAGUUCAUAUGUCGCGCGGUUUUGACCCAGCAGACGCUGUAGGAUUGUUGCACGAGAUUAAUAAUCUUGCUCUUAACUGCCUCACCGAGUGCGGUGAGAGUGAACGCACGGUCAUACCUUCCACACAGCGCACUGAUGUGGAUAUGUCCCGGGGGUUUAUCCGAAGAGCUCGAGGUAUUGGCCAGAGAGGUAUCCGAACAGGCGGGCAUGGUUAUUCACGGCAUUUCAGAAUGUCCCAAGACAUGCCAGGGUCAUCACAAGCAGCAAAUGAAGAAAAUAUUAAUUCAGAUGACAACAUAGAUUUGGAUGCACUCAUCGACAAUUUUGCUGGUGAGCCCGAAAUGCAAAAUCCACCAGCAUCAGAUCCCUCUAGUUGGGUUCCUACUUGGAGUAGUGCCUACAUAGAGCGCCCCACGAGGAGAGAGCAUAUUGACCCUCCUAGGAGUAGUGUUCAACUCGAUCGACCUAGUAGCAGUUCACAUACAUCCCGUCCCGAUAAGGAACGCUCCAGACCAAGUUUGUCUCAGACAAUUAUGGCUGAAACACGCGAGAGCGUCUCGCGUGUCAACCCAGAAUUUGUGUCUAGCUGA